UUUUUGAAGAACAAAAAGAUAAGCACACUUGGUCUUGUUUUUCUCUUUCUCUUUCUCUUUCUCUUUCUCUUCCCUUCAUCACCCGCCACUACAAAAGCAUAGCCCCACUUCCAAGUUCCAACCUUUUUCCUUCUCUCUCCAUUCAUACUUGUACAAAGUUCUCUUUUUUCUUUCUUUACACCUCCACUUUACUACUUAUUCAUCAAAAUUAGCAUAACCCAGUUUCAACAAUAUCAUCAUAAUUCAAUCAUGGGAGGUGGAGGAGGUAACAAUGAAGAAGAAAACAAGUGGCCACCAUGGUUGCAACCACUUCUUCAAACAAGUUUCUUUGUUCAAUGCAAAGUCCACUCAGAUUCACACAAGAGUGAAUGCAAUAUGUAUUGCUUGGAUUGUAACAAUGGAGCCCUCUGUUCUGUUUGUCUUGCUUCUCAUAAACAACAUAGAACAAUUCAGAUAAGGAGGUCUUCAUACCAUGAUGUGAUAAGGGUUUCUGAGAUACAGAAAUUUCUGGACAUAGCAGAGGUUCAAACAUAUGUUAUAAACAGUGCAAAGAUUGUGUUUUUGAAUGAAAGGCCUCAACCUAGGCCUGGAAAAGGGGUCACCAACACCUGCCAAGUCUGUGACCGCAGCCUUCUUGAUUCCUUCAGCUUCUGCUCUCUUGGUUGUAAGAUUGUUGGAACCUCCAAGAAGUUGAGGAAGAAUAAAAUGUUGAGUCAGAAAGAUGGGUCUGAUGGUGAAGAGUCAAUGAAUGGCAUUAGCAAUGGAAGUGGCAGAAACAGAAGUCAUAGUUUUACACCUUCAACACCACCUCCAACAGCAGUGAGUUACAGAACAGUUAAGAGGAGGAAAGGAAUUCCACAUAGAGCUCCAAUGGGGGGAGGAAUCAUUAUAGAAUUCUAAAAUUAAUAAUAAUGUUAUAUAGUGGUUUUAAUGUCACUUAGCAAUCAAUGUUUAUACCUAAAAAAUAUACAACAGUUGUUAUCACUUUCUCAAAGUGGUAUCCUCAGCCAUUAAAGUCAUAUUUGGUUUGAGGAUCAGUCUCUUUACGGGUUCGCACAGAGGACACCCGAUUUACACCAAAAAAGUAGUGUCCUCAGAAAAUAUGAUUUUAUGUUUUUGGCAAUAGUUGUAACACCAGAGCCUUGUUCCCUGAGGCCGGUGUAGGGAUUUACUGCUCUACAUUGUAUAGGAAAAAAAAGGGAGAAGAAUAUAAAAAAAAAAUGUUGGAAAGCAGGUAAUAAUAUAAGUGGGGAAUUUAUUGUACUGGUUUUGUGAUGCUAAAUGUAUAUAUUGGUGGUUUAUAGAAAGGAAUUGUAUAGCAUUAGCAUCUAGUUUGGCAAUAAAAUAAAGUUAUGUUGAUGUGUAUUAAUUUUAUUCCCUUGGUUUGGUA